UCUUUCUCUCCCAAGAAAAUGGCCUUUGCCAAUUUUCUUUUUACAAUUUUCUUACUGUUACCUUCAUUCCAAGCUUCACCGGACGUUAACCAGAGCUUAAACAGUCAACCACUGGUAUCACAAGCCUGUAGGGGCGUUGAUAACAAUUAUCAAUGCCUGUCGAAUAUUCAAACCGAGCUUCAAAACUCAGGGCCCCAAACCCCAUCGUCGGUCUUGCAUGCUGCAUUGAGGACCACGCUUAACGAAGCAAGACGAGCCAUUGACACCAUGACGAGGUUCACUGGUUUGUCCGCGAGUUACCGCGAGCAGAUGGCCAUCGAGGAUUGCAAGGAACUCCUCGAUUUCUCUGUGUCCGAACUAGCCUGGUCUUUAGCCGAGAUGAGAAAGAUUCGUGACGGUGGUUCAAGUGCUGAAUACGAAGGGAACCUCAAGGCUUGGUUAAGCGCUGCGUUGAGUAACCAAGAUACGUGCCUCGAAGGCUUCGAGGGAACUGACCGACACCUCGAGAGCUUCAUCCGAGGCAGCGUGAAACAAGUAACGCAACUCAUCGGCAAUGUUUUGGCAUUGUACACUCAGUUGCAUAGCUUGCCUUUCCCACCGCCUCGCCAUAUCACUUCCACCAAGAAUGCGAGCUCUGAAUUUCCGGAAUGGAUGACUGACGGCGAUCAAGAGCUUCUCCGGACUCAUUCGCGUCACAUGCAUGCGGAUGCCGUCGUGUCAUUAGAUGGGAGUGGACGUUAUUCGUCGAUUACGGAUGCCGUCGACGAAGCUCCAAGUCAUACUAACAGGAGGUACGUCAUUUAUGUGAAGCAGGGUGUUUACAAGGAGAACAUUGACAUGAAGAAGAAGAAGACCAAUAUUAUGCUUGUAGGAGAUGGAAUUGGACGAACUAUUGUGACUGGGAACCGGAAUUUCUUGCAAGGAUGGACCACGUUUCGAACUGCAACCGUUGCUGUUUCUGGAAAGGGAUUCAUAGCAAGAGACAUAACGUUUCGAAACACGGCCGGACCGGAGAAUCACCAGGCCGUCGCUCUCCGUGUGGAUUCCGAUCAAUCGGCUUUCUUUCGAUGCAGCAUUGAAGGCUAUCAGGACACCCUCUACAUCCACUCCCUCCGCCAGUUCUACCGUGAAUGCAACAUUUACGGCACCAUAGACUUCAUCUUCGGCAAUGGUGCAGCUGUUCUCCAGAACUGCAAGAUAUUCACUCGAGUGCCUUUACCGCUUCAGAAGGUGACCAUCACCGCUCAGGGACGGAAAAACCCGAACCAGAACACGGGGUUUUCGAUCCAGAACAGCUAUAUUCUAGCCACUCAACCGACUUAUCUAGGGAGGCCGUGGAAGCCGUACUCGAGGACGGUUUUUCUGAACAGUUACAUGAGUGGCCUGGUGCAGCCUAGAGGGUGGCUCGAGUGGUACGGAAACUUUGCCUUGAACACGCUCUGGUACGGCGAGUAUAUGAACUAUGGCCCUGGUUCUUCGCUAUCUGGACGGGUUAGAUGGCCUGGCUACCACAUUAUCAGAGAUGCUUCCACCGCAGGUUACUUCUCUGUUGGAAGGUUCCUUAACGGCCAGUCGUGGUUGCCGGCAACCGGAAUCAAGUUCACCGAAGGACCGACCAAUUAAUUAAAUGAUUUUUUAUUUAUAUCUAUAGCGUCAUAUGCUAAUUUUUCAG